AUGGCCGCAACCAUGCUGGCCACCCAAGAUGAGCUGAAAAUGGACCCGCAAUCUCCUUUAGUCGAUAGUGAUCAAGAUGCCGAAGGGGAGGAGGAUACCGACUUGUAUCAGAUGGACAAACAACUACAAAAUGCUGUUCAGCAAGCCGAUGCAGAUGAGCAGGCUGAGGAUAUCGAUGCGUCGGAAGAGUCACCUAUAGAAGAUAGUAAAAGCUAUGAAGAGUCAGUGGAGGCGAACGAGGAUGAGCUAUCGGAUGCUAGCGAAGAGGACGGGGUUAUAAAGGUACCUAGACUGCGCCGGCGUGGGAAUGCCGACUCGAAUUCCGAUGCAGAUGACGCGGAUCCGGACGCUGCAUUUGAAAAUGGCUCUGAGAAGAACUCGGCCUCAGGAGUAAGCAGUGAUGAGUCGGAUGCCGAGGCAGAUGGCUGGGAUGCCGAGAGUAACGAGAGAGACGAUCUUGAAGGGGAAAAGGGGCCUUCUGGGAACUGCAUAUUUUGCGGCCAAGACGAAGAUAACGAUCCGUCGGAAGACUUCGAAGAAUAUCUCACUUGUGCAGUGUGUGGAGAUCAUUCCCACAGGCAGUGCGCUCGAGAACAAAAUGCGUUUAGUGAUAACGAAGAAGCGCAAGAUUGGCGUUGUGUGUCUUGUGUUCAGAACAAACUCGAGCCUGACCCCGGACAGCAAGCAGCAGCACGGCGUAGAGCAGCCGCUCAAAGUAUUGCACGCGAUCUACUCGCAGCAUCGAAUGGACGCCAGGGACCUCCGUCUCACUCGAUUUUUACUAAUCUGAUCGUUGAUGAUGAUCCAAUGGAUGGAUCACGCUCACUGCGAAAAAGAAAAAAUUCAUCCACCGAAGCCGAUGAAAAUACCCCUGGUGUGCGAAAGCGAUUACGACGUACACCAUCUCAAAGUGCAAUCGACAGCGCUGAUGGUUCUGUGGAUGCGGAUGGUUUGUCAAGAAGUCGGCCGCGUAGAGGGCGUAGGCAAGACAAAGAGCUAUGCCGCGUUAUUCAGCAUAGCAACGGCGAAUGUAUUAUCGCAUUUCAUCUCGACUCUGUGAAACUGGCUAAAAUCCUCAAUUCACGCCCGCGUCCAUUAAAGGCAAGGCGGCGAAAGCCGCCAAAACAAGCUGCAGUGGAGGAAGAACCUCUGGCCCACUUUGCUCCCAUUAUACCAACCUACACUACGCCUUUCUACUCUUUCCAUGAUCGCGAGGUUGACGAGCUGAAAUCUAAGCCUUAUGGUGGUAUCCUGUCAGAAGCUGAUGCCGAUACUAGUCGCACUCUUCCAACUCAAGUUGAUCGGGACAAAUUCGAAUCUGCUCGACGAAAAGCCGAAGAGGAUUGGCAAAAGAAAGUCAAGGAGUCUGACCCUGUUGGGGAAGUGAACCAUCGUGCAUCUCAGAAGGUUUCAGGUCCCCCAAGCAAAAUCAAAUGGAUCAAUUUUGGUGGCUACGAGAUUGAGACAUGGUACGCAGCUCCAUAUCCGGAGGAGUACAGCCGCAACAAGGUGCUCUAUAUUUGUGAAUUUUGUCUCAAGUAUAUGAAUUCGGAUUUUGUUGCGUGGCGUCACAAAUUGAAAUGCCCCGCGAAACACCCGCCUGGUGAUGAAAUCUAUCGAGACGGAUCAAUAUCAAUUUUCGAGGUAGAUGGACGAAAGAACCCUGUCUACUGUCAAAACCUCUGUCUCCUCGCAAAGCUAUUCCUGGGCUCAAAGACGCUCUAUUAUGACGUUGAGCCUUUUCUCUUUUAUGUCAUGACAGAGCACGAUGAGCUAGGUUGUCACUUCGUGGGUUAUUUCAGCAAGGAAAAAAGACCAAGCUCGUCUAACAACGUAUCAUGUAUCCUGACUCUUCCGAUUCAUCAGCGGAAAGGAUAUGGAAAUCUACUUAUUGAUUUUUCGUAUCUCCUGACGCGAGUCGAGAAGAAGACAGGAUCUCCUGAAAAGCCACUUUCUGAUAUGGGUUUAGUUUCUUAUCGAAACUAUUGGCGACUUAUUUUGAGUUAUCAGCUGCGGAAUCAGAACACGCCGCUCAGUAUAGUCGAGCUUUCUGAUCGGACAGGUAUGACAGCAGACGAUAUCAUUUCUGGUCUAGAAGGACUACGCGCCCUAGUCAGGGAUCCAGUUACAAAAACCUAUGCAUUGCGGUUGAAUUAUCAAUAUUUUGAAGAAUGUAUACAAAACUGGGAAAGUAAAGGGUAUGUGAAGCUCAACCCUGUUGCUCUUGUGUGGACGCCCUACGUGAUGGGACGCAACAACCAAUCUCAUUACGACCGUGCUCAAUUGCACACGGUAGCCCAACGGGAAGAUGCAGAAGAGGAAGAGGAAGGCGAGGACGAGGACGAGGAGAGUAGUGAAGUACCUGUUGAAAGUGACCGUUCCCCUAAAAUUAAUGGUGUCACAAAUCCGGUUACGGAUGGGCUUCCGUAUGCACCGGCUGGGCCUCCUUCAACUACCGGGUUAUCGCUUGAAAGCUCUCCUCACAAGGUCAAUGGCGAUCAUAACCCUGCAGCCAAUUCACCAAAUCCUGCAGCUGGCAUUCCACCCAGUCGAUUUCAGAUCCAUCCUCCUGUUCAAGGGCCUGUUUUCAAACGACGCCCUGGUCGACCUUGGGGUAGCAAAACCAAUUACAACAGAGUUUCCUACAAUUCAGGGUCACGGAGUGCGCGAUCUACACCUCGACGUACGUCAACGUCACUGUACGGUAUAGGGACGCCUGCAUCUGUCGGGGGUUCUUCGGCUCGGCGGGCGAGGAGCGGGUUGGCCGCCGAACUUGGCCUUGAGGUCGAAAAUCCGUCCACCCGCGGCGUUGUAAAUGGCGAUGUUGAAGACCAAGAAGGUGUAUUUGCUGGAGAGGAUCCCGGGGAUGACUCCGCUAUUAUAGCCGAUCCCCAGGCGGCAGAUGAUUUUACAUCACUAGAAACAAAGAAUAAGCAACCAAAUGGUAUUGACUCACCUUCCAACGGCGCAGCCAAAGAGAACGGCGACUCUGCAGCUUCUAGGUCCGGAAAUUCUACUCCUCGACGCACCCGAAGGACCCUUGCCGAUGAAGACAAGAAAAGUGCUGAGGACACAUUCGUCUCACCUGCUACCAACGGCGAUGACAGUGAUGUUGAUGCCGAAGGUGAAGUUGAUGAGGACAUGCAAUUGGCAUAA